AGCAGCACUAACAACAACAACAACAACCGGAGCUGCGCUUUAGAUCUUGGGUAUAAAACGUGUGGGUCGCUGCGAUGUCAAUUCAAACGCUUAACGAGCUCAGAGCAGCACGCGACCGAUAAGACGAGCCCCUCAGUAACAUCAUACAUUGUAUAUAAAUAUAUUGUAAUCAAGCAUUUAACAAUGCACGCCAGCAAAUUAAUGUUGUCUCUGGUGUUGACGCUGCUGUGCUGUCAGGGCCUAUUGGCAGCUUGUGUCUGCUCGGAGAAGGGCACCGAUUUCUGUCAGAGCUGCCAGGGACCGACGAUAGUGCGACCGCGGCCGCGGUACUAUGAGCCCAGCGAGGUGAACUUGUCGCCCAUUGGCGACAAUUGCUGGUGCAGCAAGCAGCUGAUCGAGCCCGCCCAGCUACCGAAGACCUGCGGCAAAAAGCCACCAUGCAAACCCACCUGCGGCUGUCAGAAGUGCCAAGAUAGCAGCUACGCCAGCUCCAGCAGCAGCAGCAGCAGCAGCAGCAGCAGCUCCACAUACGAUAACAUUGGCUAUGCGGCCGAGAAGUCGAGGGAUGAUAGCCCACCUGCUGAUCCCAUCAGCGUCAGCCUGGCCGUCCAGGCGGGCAAGGCUAUCAAUGUGCCCGAGGCCAAGCUUUCCUAUGGAUUCGCCCAGAAGCCCGUGGAUGGACAACAGAAAAUCUUCUUCUCCAAUGUGCCCGAGGAGAAUCUGUUUAAGCUGAAGAGCGAUGUCAUCACACUGAAGAAGCGCAACUAUGUGGCCAAGGAGGAGGAAGAGGAGGAGUACGUAGAGGACGAGGAGGAGCAAGCCGCCGAGAGUGACGAAGCGGCGCCGCAAUUGACAUACAAGCAGCUUGGCUACAUAACCGAACAAUUCAAGAAUCCCAAAUUCAAGAAAAUCAUCUCUGCCAAAUCCAGCUACAGCUCCAGCUCGGGCAGUGAAAGCUACGGCAAGGUGGGUGGCAAAGUUUCGGUCGACUGCGGCUUCAAGCCCGGUCGCGUCGCCCCCUAUCGCAGUUCCCGUCGCCAGGAGCUGGAUAGUGGCAGCUACUAUUAGGUAGUAAGAGCAGAGUCUGUAAAUAUAUGUAUAUGUGUAGGGAUGGAUGCAAUGAUGAUGUAUGAUGUAUGUAUGUUUUAGUUAGCGUUUACAAUUUAUUUAAAAUACACGAUCCUUUUUAACAGUU